AUGGGGGUGCCCUGGUUGGACAACUUCCUGGACCUCGCGGGGCCUCGCUUUGGCCAAAGAUGGCAGGAGGCCUCACGAGACUAUGCCAGGCGCUUCACGGGCUCGGAGAACCCCACGCGCGUGAAGCUCCGCUGGGACGAGGAGUUCCUCUACGUCGGGGCGGAGCUCACCUCCAGGGCGGUGGCCGCUUCGGUGUCCGGCCACUGCGAGAACUUGAGCAGCACGGUAUGGCAGAACCCAGUGCUGCCCUACUUUGACGACGACUUCGAGGUCUUCAUCGAUGCUUCCCAGAGCAACUACUUCUAUGUGGAGUUUGAGAUGAAUGCUAGGAACGCGAGCUACUGCACUUUGUGGUCGCUGCCCCAGGCGGGCCUCGGCUCCGUGGCCCCGGAGUGCGGGGCGCCGGGGACGCAGCCGGGAGGGGUCUGCUGCAACAGCAGCUGGAACGGAGGAAAGGGCCUUUGCGACCACGGAGUUGAGCGCGAAGGCACCGCCUGGACCAUGGAGAUGUUUGCGCCCCUCCAGCGGCCUGGACGGGGCAUGAUGUCGGCGGCGACCAACAGCACGGAGAAGUGGACGCUGGAAAUCCGCUUUCCCAUACUUUCCAGCCACCUGGCAGAGGGACUGCACGAUGGUUUCCACUGCGCCAUUCUGGAAAAGCGCAACAAGUGA